AUGUCGAACAUGAACAAAGUGCUCGGGUUUGAACGCAUCAACGAACGCGUGAAAAGACCGAAUGCCCUCCUCAACUUCAUCAAGCCACUGGAAGGACCAGACAAAGCCUUAGCGCAAGACUUUCUCGAAAGAGUCGCCGCCAUCUGCUACCCGAUCAUGAAAGAGAACCACAUCGUUGUCAUGGCCCUUGAAGAGUAUCCACCCAAUCCCGAGUUCAUUGGCCGCAACUUCAACGCCGGAGAAGUAAUUCAGUUGGUCCUCAAGGCUCCUCACACCAAUCAAUGGCUACCUUUCAAACAUGUCCAAAUGGUCAUGAUGCACGAACUUGCACACUGCAAACAGAUGAACCACUCACGCGCAUUCUGGAAGGUCAGAAACGCUUAUGCCGAUGAGCUGAAGGUCCUCUGGGACAAAGCGUACACCGGCGAAGGGCUGUGGGGCAAAGGACAGUCUCUCAUCACAGGAAAUUACAUGACCAACCACAUGCCCGAGGCUGCCAAUGCACCGGCAAGCUUGUGUGGUGGCACAUUCAGAUCCUCGGGUGGUCGAAAGAGAAGGCGGAAAGAGGAUGUAUCCAAGAUCACCUAUGCUGAACGUCAGCAACGUCGGAUUGCAAAGAAGUUUGGUGUCAAUGGUGUCGCCUUGGGUGACGAUGAAGGUAUAAGAGCCAAGCUCGAGGCUGGCCAGAAGGGCGGGAAGCCUGCCGUCAAACCGAGAGUGGCAGGCAGCAAACGAGGAAGAGAACUCCGGGCUGCUGCAGCAUUGGCACGCUUCGAGAAUGUGAAGAGGGAGACUGUCAAGGCCGAGCCCAAACCAGAAACAAUCAGUGACGACGAUUACGAGACCGACUCUGACUACGAGUACACGACUUUCGAGAGGACUAUGAAUCCUGAAGAUGGCAACAUGGUCAGAGUCUGCGAGAACGAAAAUUCAGAGGAUAAAGAUGCGCAACGAGAAUUCGACGAGUUGCGCGAAAUUGACCAAGCCAUGCCGAAGCUACAAAUCAGAUUUUCCGCCCAGCCGUCCGCUAAAGGAAAAAACAGACAGACGAUUCCUUCGGACGAUGCUUCGACGGAGAGUGACGAUGACCAAGAUCUGGACGCGCCACGCAACUUCAUCAAACCACCGACCAGGACCCAGCCAAUCCCAGAUGACCUGUCUACAGACAGCGAAGAUGACAUACAAGACGGCACGUCCAUCGUUCAGGAGAGAAACAAGCAGAAAGAGACAAGUCUUCCCAAAAAGCCGUCACCACCGAAAAAGCAAUUCGAGCAAAACAGCAAGACGUCCAACCCGCAGCCAGUCGACAUUAAGGAUGACUCGACCGCGAGCGAAAACGAGACGACCAGCGCGCCAAAGGAGUCAUCAGUGCCGUCUUCACCAGCCACAAUUAUGGGCACCGAGCCAGGCACGACCAUCUCCUCGAGCAAGCCCAAAGAACGUCCACCACCAGUUCCUUCCUCUAGCUGUAAGAUCUGCUCGCUCGAGAAUGAACCCAGAGCAGCACUAUGUGCGGCUUGCUCCCAUGUGCUCAAUCCAGCCCUCAUGCCCAACUGCUGGAAGUGCACGAGCACGGGAUGUCAGAGUGUCGGAUACGUCAAUCCAGGCGACUAUGGUGUCUGUGGACUUUGUGGAUCGACGAAGCCGAGGUGA